CUAUAGAUGUUGUUGGCCAGCUUAUUAAGUAUCCGCCUUUAUUCACAACUACUAGACUCACUGGAAAAGUUGCCCACAAAGAGCUCAUACUUCCCGAGUAUACAUUUAUUUUAGCUUUCCGUUUAAAAUAGCAUGUAUUACUUCAACUCUAAUUGUUAAUCUAAUUAAUAAUUAGGGUAUAGGGGAUUGGUUGUCAAUAUCACUCUCUUUUGUAGGAUAAUCACUCAAUUAAUUAUCAUCCUUGCAAACGCAGUGAGCACUCGCUCAUUUUGAUCAAUACAUCAUUAUAUGUUGACCCUUACAAUGGUAAUGAAACAUCUACAUUAUUUUAUUAUUAAUGCAAAUAUUUGAAAUUAAAUUAAUGACAAUUAAUUAAAUUAUCGUCAAAAUUGCAGGCGAGAACACCUUCUCCUCAACUGAAGCGACCUUGCUGCUGGCGAAUCGAAGAAUUUCAGCAUUUAUUAAUUUUGUGCCAAGGUGAAAUUAACAAAAAUUUAGUCAUCAUAUUUGGUUAUGCAUUAUUAUAAGUUUGAAGUUUAAAAAAGAUAGAAGAGAUUAAUUACUAUUCUUUUUGCGAAUAAAGUAACAGUGAUGCACUUAUUCCUCAAGUAAAAAGACCAGAAAGCAUCAACAAUCAUCCCAACUAAAACACUACAUAAGCUAAAUUAAUUAAAAAUGAAAGAUGGAGAAAAGGUAGUAUUGAUUCAACGAAAACAAGAAGAGAUAGUAUCAUUUUCUAUUUAACAACCCCAUAACUAUUAAAUGUUAACACUUUAUGUAAUAUGUAGGAAAUAUGUAUUCCGUCAAAUGCAAAUUUUUCAAAGUUAAGAAUUUUUUAUGUGAUGCUAGAUACACACCUACCCAUAAAAACUCAAAGAAAACAGAUGAUCUUCCUGACUUGAUCGAAGUAAAUUCUACUUGCAUCAAAAUUGCCUCAAAAUGAUGAUAAUAUUGAUUAAAAAUUUUGUGUUGUUCUCUAUUGGAUUUAGAUUUUUUUUAUAAUGGUGAACAAAUUUUAUUAAACGAAUAAAGUUACAGAAGAGAAAAGGACGGGAAAAGAAAAGGAAAGAAAACUGCACAGAACAUGGGAAACAGACGCCCCGGACUCGGAAGCUGCAAAUACAGUUCAGAGACAGGCAGCAAGCCAGUAAAGCGAGAGGGGACCAAACAUGGCGCCCAAACACAAAAUCCCACCUGCUUAGGAAUUAAUUGACCCCGACCGUAGCCUGCCGCAACACUUCUAACCAAAGUUCAGCAAUGUCCUUUUCCACUUUGUUUGCCACAACUAGCCAUCUCGCAAUCAAACUUCCAAUUUUAAACGCAACGACAUUCUCCGUUGUUGCUCUGUCUUCAAAGAUCCUGUAAUUCCUCUCUCCACACACUCCAGCACAGAGCAUGCAGAAACGUCCUUGUGCACCAAUCCUUCGGGCAAGCAGGUUUCCUCCGUGGCCAACUCUGGAUUGCCUGUGUAAUAUCUGGCGGUACCUGCUUCAAAUACACGAAAGUUUGCAUUCUAUCCCAGAUUUUGCGGGUGAACCAGCAAGUGAUAAAAAUGUGAUUGGCAUCCUCUUCGCUUGAACCGCAGAGAACGCUUUUGCUGGGGAAGCUCCAUCCCCGCCUCUUCGAGGAGUCGUGCUUAAGAAUUUUCUUGUGUUGUACAAUCCACAAAAACGUACAGACUUUAGAGGGAAUAUGCCCCUGCCAAAUUAGCCUGUAAGGAAAUUCUUCCCUCAAACUGUACUUCUCCUUCACUUAGCCUUGGUACAUGGAUCGCACCGAGAAUGUAUCAGAAGCUGUUUCUUGCCAAAUUAUCUUGUCAAUUCCUGGAGAAAAGAGAGACAGAUCAAGGGUACCAAGUAAAUUUAACAAACUCUCCCUCUUCCUCUCUGCCCCACCUCUCAAAGUGAAUUUAAGAGGCAAAACCCAAACUAACCUCUCAUUUUGCGCAAGUCAGCUUUGUGAGACCUUGGCAAGUGGGGAAACCGCAGCAGCUGCGACUCGCGGAAACACCUCGACCAGUGGCCUUUCAAGAAGCAAAACGUCGUACCAGAAAAGUGUGUCUUCUCCUGAACCAAUCUUUACUCUAGCUAAUUCCAGAAAUUUGCCUUAUGUUUAAUAAUUUGCCUCCACGGACUGCAGCCCAACGUUCCUGUCACUUCCCCCGCUAGCCCAACUUGUUCCUCUCUCCGCGUACUUAAUCUGCAAGACUUCCCUCCACCAAGCAUCUUUCUCAUUUGAAAACCGCUACAACCAUUUGCAGAUCAAGGCCUUGUUCUGCAGCUCCAGGUCUUGAAUUCCCAGACCUCCCCAUCUCUUUGGAGUUUUACAUUUCUCCCAGGCUACAAGAUGGAUCUUCUUUUGUUCAUUCAACCCUUCCCAUAUGAAGUUCCUCUGUAGACCUUCAAUCCUUUUGGACAAUGCCCUUAGGUGCUAAGAAAAGCGAUCCUCUAAACAGAGGUUGGCUCGCUAGGCACGCGUUACUUAGCACGAUUCUACAGCCAAGGGACAGCAAGCCACCUUUCCAGCCACCCAUCUUCGGUUGCAUUCUCGUAAUAAUUGGGUUCCAAAUCCGAGGUGCUGAAGGGAAACAACCAAGAGGAAAACCCAAGUACGUAGUAGGCAGAAACUCCCAGUUGUAACCUCUUCCACAGUGGAGUUGCAAAAGAUAAUGGCAUCGUCUGCAUAAAGAUAAUCAUUGACCAGUCCUGCAUUCCCGGCUUCUUGUGUCAUAAAUGAAAGUAGGUCCAUGAUGAGAUUAAAGAAAAAAGGGGAGAGGGGGUCUCCCUGUUUUAGGCCUCUCUCAGUUUUGGAAAAGCCUGUUGCUUCCCCAUUCACCAACACCGAGAGUCUUGUAGAAGAAACAAGCUGGUUAAUGAGUGCUCUGUCGAUGCGAGAUAAGGAUUGAUUCCUUCCUCCCCUGCUCCAAGUGAACAAAGAACCCUUGAGAGG